GAGAGAGAGAGAGAGAGAGGAACGAGGAGAGGCUGGAAGAGAAGCGGUCCAGAGCUUUUCAGCAGUGCCUGUAACUUGGCCUGGAGCACCACCCUCUCUCUGCAAAAUGCUGGUUCUCUCGGUGGUGGCCCUCCUCGUCCUCUCCGGUGCCUCCUGGUGCCCUCUGGCAGAGGGGGCCCCUCGCACCGUCACCCCGAGCCUCCUGCAGAGAAAGCCUGGCAUCCUUAAAGCAACGGCUACCAGCCCGGUGACGAGGACGGUGACCACCACUGUGCCCCACUUGGACCUCACCUCGCCGUCCCCCUCCAGGACCCCACGGGUCAGGGGCACUGCCAGUCCCAGGCCCACCUGGGCCCCUGCCAGCCUCAAGACCACCGCCGCAGCUCCCACACGGAGUGCCAAGAGGAUGACACUCUCCACAGAGAGGCCGACUGACAAGACAGCUCUGAAAAAACCUGACCGGGUCAAAAUUGUCAAGAAAAAAGUACUAAAGAAGAAGAAGAAGAAGACGGCCAAGCUUUCCACCCAGGAAAAGGCAGCCAAACAAGCCUCAGAAUGCCCCCCACUGGGACUGGAAUCCUUGCGGGUCCGGGACUCUCAGCUUCGAGCGUCCAGCAUGAAGCGCUACGGCCUCGGGCCCCACCGUGGACGCCUCAACAUACAGUCCGGCAUCCACGACGGGGAUUUCUACGACGGUGGCUGGUGCGCCGGGCACGAAGACAAAAACCAGUGGCUAGAGUUCGAUGCCAAGCAGCUGACACGGUUCACCGGGGUCAUCACCCAGGGCUUGAACUCCAUCUGGACGUACGACUGGGUGACCUCGUAUAAAAUCCAGUUCAGCAACGACACCCACCAAUGGCAGCCUUGCAUGAAUGGGAGCCAGGAGGCGAUAUUCCAGGGAAACAAGGACCCGGAGACACCGGUCCUCGGAGUGCUGCCUGUCCCAGUCGUGGCUCGUUACCUCCGCAUCAAUCCUCAAAGCUGGUUCGAGAAUGGGACGAUCUGCCUGCGGAUGGAGGUCCUGGGCUGUGUGCUGCCAGAUCCAAACAACAUUUAUUUUUGGAACAACGCACCUGUGACCAACGACAAACUGGAUUUUAGGCACCACAACUAUAAGGACAUGAGGAAGCUGAUGAAGGAGGUGAACGAGGCCUGUCCCAACAUCACCCGGGUGUACAGCAUCGGGAAGAGCUACCUUGGCCUCAAAAUGUACGUCAUGGAGAUUUCGGACAACCCGGGACAGCAUGAAGUAGGGGAACCCGAGUUCCGCUACGUGGCUGGCAUGCACGGGAACGAGGCGCUGGGGCGGGAGCUGCUGCUGAACCUGAUGGAAUACCUCUGCUACGAGUUCAGGCGGGGCAACCCACGCGUCGUGCGGCUGGUGACCGAGACCCGGAUCCACCUGCUCCCCUCCAUGAAUCCAGAUGGCUACGAGACAGCCUACAAGCUGGGCUCCGAAUUGUCCGGCUGGGCGAUGGGCCGGUGGACCUACGAAGGCAUCGAUCUCAACCACAAUUUCGCCGACCUCAACACCGCCCUCUGGGAUGCAGAAGACAACGAGAUGGUGCCCCACGAGUUCCCCAAUCAUUAUAUCCCCAUCCCGGAGCCCUACACUUUCCCCAACGCCACGGUGGCCCCCGAAACCCGGGCGGUGAUCAGCUGGAUGCAACGCUACCCGUUCAUGCUGAGCGCCAACCUGCACGGAGGGGAGCUGGUGGUCACGUACCCGUUCGACAUGACCCGCACCUACUGGAAAGCCCAGGAGCUCACGCCCACGGCCGACGACCCCGUCUUCCGCUGGCUGGCCACCGUCUACGCCACCUCCAACCUGGCCAUGGUGGACGAUGACCGGCGCCUCUGCCAUUAUGAUGACUUCAUGCGGGAGGGGAACAUCAUCAAUGGGGCCAACUGGCACACGGUGCCCGGAAGUAUGAAUGACUUCAGCUACUUGCACACAAACUGUUUUGAGAUCACCAUCGAAUUGUCCUGUGACAAGUUCCCGCACGAGUCAGAGCUGCCCCAAGAGUGGGAGAACAACAAGGAAUCGCUGCUGGUCUACAUGGAGCAGACCCGCCGAGGCAUCAAAGGUGUUGUCCGAGACAAAGACACAGAAGAAGGGAUCGCCGAUGCCAUCAUUGCGGUGGACGGGAUCAACCACGACAUCAGGACAGCUUUCGAUGGGGACUACUGGCGCCUGCUGAACCCCGGCGAGUACGAGGUCACGGCCACGGCCGAGGGCUAUCACCCCGUCACCCGGAGCUGUCGCGUUUCUUACGAGGACCACCCCACCCUCUGCAACUUCCACCUGACGAAGACGCCCAAGCAGCGGCUCCGGGAAAUCCUGGCCAAAGGCGGCAAGCCCCCCAAGGACCUGAUCCUGCGGCUGCGCCAGCUGCGGAUGCGCAAACUGGAGGCCCUAAGGCGGCGGGCCCUCCAGUGAGAGACACUGCCGGACUCCUCCAGAGCCAAGGGGACGCCCUCGGGGGCCCUCCGCUCCUCUUCCGGUCUUCGCAGCUUUGAGCUUCUAGUAGAGACGGGCAGAUUUGCUGUUUUUGGAACCAUUUUCGGGCCAGAUGGGCAGCACAGGCCGAGGCGGCGAGGCGUUCUUACCAGCAAAGGCCCCAAAAAUGGUUUUCCUAUGACAUUUGCCACCUGGAUCAGCCCCCACCAAAAUCGGUAUUUUUU